AUGAGGAGACUCUCCGCAUCGUCAUCGUCUCCUGACCAGCACCAGCAGCAGCACCAGCAGCAGCAGGAGCAAGGAGCAGAGACCGGACCGAUCCCAGCAGUGAGCACGACCGAGGCCCAUCAUCACGAGUCCACGGACCAAACGCGGGCUUCUACUGCAGCGCCCUGGCCUCGCUGCCUCGGUGCAUUCGGCCUGAUUGUGGAGCGGCGGCGGUAG